CAUCAUCAUCAUCAUCAUAAUCAUAACGCUCCUCUCUAUAGUUUAGUUUACACACUUUGAAGCACUGUUACUUACCAUUUAAUUAAAAUUCAGUGAUGCUGCUGUUGUGAUUUUGGCAGAGAAAGAGAGAGAGAGAGAAAAGAGGCUGCUUUGCUUUCUGAAUCUAAGCCAAUCACUGAAGCAGGUUAAAUGGUUGGUUCAUAAAGGAGAAAGAUCUUUCAGUGAUUAUCUAUCUGCUUUGUACAUCUAAGAAACCAUUCAAGUGCAGAGUUGAAUAAGGCGCUAGAGGGGAUUGGUGAAAAUUAAGCAUAAUUAUGGGGUCCUUUAAAGGUCAUGCAUUGCCAGGGACAUUGUUUUUUCUAGUUGGGUUGUGGCAUAUAUGGGGUUCUGUGGUGAGAUAUGUUAAAAAUCCGAAGACAUUUCGAGUCCAGGUGUGGAAUCCUGUGCCGGGGUUUGACGGGAGGCUGAAGUACUUGGAGCUCUAUGUUAUCUCAAUUGGUUCUUUCAUUGAUUUGUGCAUUGAGUUCUUGUAUUCAACACACCUCAAGUUCUUUGUUAAUGGAGUCCUCAAUCCCUCUCACAUGAAUAACUUCGAGCAUUCUGGAAUGCUUCUUAUGUUUUUUAUCUUCAGUGUUGUUGUCCUGCUUACAGAAAAGACAAGAUUUUUACCCCUGCCGGAAGGAGCUCUUUGUUUGAUUGCUGCCACAGCAUUCUCCGCCGAGUAUCUCCUCUUCUACUUCCACUCAACAACACACAAGGGCCUUGAAGGUUACUACCACCUCCUCCUAGUCCUCCUCAUAGGCCUAUGCAUCUUAUCUUCGAUUGCCGGAGCCCUUAUGCCGACCAGCUUCCCCGUUGACUUAACCAACGGCAUCUCCAUAGCUCUCCAAGGCAUAUGGUUCUAUCAGACCGCCAUUGUUCUCUACGGCCCCAUGAUGCCAGAUGGUUGUAAGCUUAAGAACGAUGCAAUAACAUGUCAUUCAAAUGAUAGCGAGCUACGGGGCGAAUUGCUUGCUAAUUUUCAGCUCUUUGUUGCUGUAUUUGUGGUCCUUAUUGGAACUUUAGUAUCAUAUGGCUAUGCAGCUUCAAGAUAUGGAAAUUCUCAAGUCAAAGGCAUGAACAUAGCACAAGCUGAAGUAGUAAAUCAAGAAUGAAGUAUAAUUAUUGUAGGGUAUGCUAGUUUUGGUUCCAUUUUUUAACUAGUGACAGUGGAACAUGUUGUUAGCCUAGUUUAUUGUACAACAUGUAUAUUAAAUUGAAUAAAAGGUGCACAAUUCUUUUGGUGAGAUUUCUUUGUAAUAAGUAAGGAAAGGAAAUGAUUGCAAAAUGAGUUUGGUUUUUGGUCCUUAUUUAUUGAGAAAGAAAGAAAAAAGGGUCCCAUGGAUCAUAUUUCUCAUGUA